UUGACAAACGUCGAAARAACAUAUUUGAUGUUGAUAAUUUUAUUGUCCUUUAUUUUUUCUUAGAAACUUAAUUAAAGUUAAUUUUAGUAGGGCUUUAUUCAAAAUAGCUAUGCCUAGAAGCCGGAGCAGAAGUCGUUCUCCAAAAAGAGAUGUUAGACGUGGUGCAAGAAGUAGAUCAAGAUCAAGAGAAAGAAGAAGAAAUAAAGAUAGAAGACGCAGUAGAUCACGUUCUCCACGAAGAAACAGACACAGGUCAAUCUCAAGGUCCCCAUCACCAAGAAGAUACAGAAGAUCUCAGUCCCCAAGGCGAAGACUGUCACGGUCCAACUCACCAAGAAGAUCCAGAAGAUCAAGAUCAAGAUCACCAUACAAAAAAGGUCCUCAUCGAGAUAGUAAAUCAGAUGAUGGGAAAAAUGAAAUAGAUGGUAUUGAGAUGAGUCUUGACCCAAGUAAGGAAGAUGAAGAUGACAUGAUGAAAGUGAUGGGAUUUUCUAAUUUUGACUCAACAAAGGGAAAGUAUGUUGAAGGAUGUAAUCAGAGUGCCACAAGUUUAAAGAAAGCUCGUAAAUACAGACAAUAUAUGAACCGGAAAGGUGGCUUCAAUCGUCCUCUGGAUUAUGUAGCAUAAACAGUCAAAUUUUAUAUAAGAUUUGCAUAAAUUACCAUCAUGUUCUUCAACAGGGCUAAAAAUUUCAGCCAGUCAUAAGACAAUGUUUGUCCAAAAUUGCAAUUGUCGGGUCAAAUCUUUACUAGCUAUAUCAACCACUAAUUUUGAGCCUGAAAAUGAGAAAUGACUGAGCUUUAACUAAUUUGACCUUUUGUUACGACUGGGGACAUACAGGUGAUUAUUUUUAGCCCUGUUCAACUAAUGCCAUUAAUGUAAAGCUUGAAUCUUGUAUCCACAUACAAGCUCAUUCACUUUAUUUGCUUUUUUGUUCUAAAACAGCUAUAACUGGCAUAUAUGUUAUUACAUUUCACUACUAUGUACAUUGAUAUUACAAUAAAUAAUAGACAAUA